AUGGCCGAGGAUGGCAGAGGAGAGAAGAAGGAUGCCGACGCGGCGGCGUCGAAGAUGCCGGCGAAGCAACGGGGAGGGUUCAGGACCAUGCCCUUCAUCCUAGCGAAUGACUUCUGCGACCGGCUUGCGUCGGUUGGGUUCACGACGAACCUGAUCUCGUACCUCACCCUGCAGCUGCACCUGCCGCUCGUCCAGGCCUCCAACAUCAUCACCAACUACAACGGCACUGCUAAUCUCACUCCGCUCAUCGGCGGUCUCAUCGCGGACUCCUUUGCCGGCCGCUUCUGGACCAUCACAUUCGGCUCCAUCAUCUACCAGCUCGGCAUGGUCUGCCUUACCCUCUCCGCCGCACUCCCGUCGCUGCACCCGCCACCCUGCGCCAAGCACGCUGCAGACUGCCAGCGCGCGUCCUCCUACCAGAUUUCCGUGCUCUAUCUGUCUCUGCUCUGCACGUCGAUUGGCACCGGGGGCACGCGCCCCUGCAUCAUGGCGUUCGGCGCCGACCAGCUUGAGCUGAACGCGCGCAGGCACCGUGGCGCCAAGCCCAAGUGGAGUUUCUUUAACCUCUACUUCUUCGCCGUGGAGCUCGCAAAGCUCGCGGCCGUCACCGCCGUGGUGUACAUCCAGGACAACGUCGGGUGGGGUUGGGGGAUCGGCGUGCCUACCGUCGCCAUGGUCGCCGCGGUGAUCACCUUCGUGUCCGGGUACUCGCUCUACAUCAGGAUGCCGCCCGGGGGCAGCCCCCUGGUCCGGUUGGCGCAGGUCGCUACCGCUGCGUACAAGAAGCGGAAAGCCGUCGUGCCGGACCCGAGCCUCCUGUACGAGGACAAGGAGCUCGACGCUGGCAUCUCCACCACCGGACGCCUUCUUCACACCGACCAGCUAAAGUUCUUUGACAAGGCGGCUAUAGUGACCGACGGCGACGUGCUGCCGUCAGGCCAGCCGAAGUUAUGGCGGCUGUCGACGGUGCACCGCGUCGAGGAGCUCAAGUCGAUCAUACGUAUGCUGCCGAUCUGUGCUGCCGGCAUCAUCCUGGUGACAUCGGCGUCGCACAAUCACAGCUUCGCCAUCCAGCAAGCCCGUACCAUGGACCGCGACAUCACGCCGCACUUCAAGAUCCCGCCGGCCUCCAUGCUCAUCUUCACCAACUUCGGCAUGCUGCUGACCCUCGCCUUCUACGACCGCGUGCUCGUCCGCGUGCUGCGCCGCUUCACUGGCCGCCCCAACGGCAUCACCCACCUUCAGCGCACGGGCGUCGGGCUGACGAUCGCCAUGCUGUCCAACGUGGUGGCCGCGGUCGUCGAGCGGAGACGCAAGUCCGUAGCCGCUGCGAGUGGGCUGCUUGACGCUCCCAAGGCCACCCUGCCGAUGAGCGUCUUCUGGCUGGUGCCGCAGUACGCCAUCCAUGGCAUCGCCAACGCCUUCAUGGACGUCGGCCGCAUGGAGUUCCUAUACGACCAGGCACCCGAGAGCAUGCGGAGCACAGCGACGGCGCUCUACUGGCUGACCUUCUCGAUAGGGAGCUACCUCGGCACGCUGCUGGUGACCAUCGUGCACGACAAGACGCGGCGAAGCGGGCAAUGGCUCCCGGACAACCUUAACCGAGGGAAGCUAGACAACUACUACUGGCUUGUCGUGGCUCUGGAGGUGGUCAACCUCGUCUACUUCUUUAUCUGCGUUAAGUACUACACCUUUAAGCCAUUGGAGAUGGUCAGCGAGGAGGUCGAGCUCCACCACCAUGGCAAUGGUGAUGGCAAGGGCACCGAUGACGCCAAGAAGCAGGGUGGAAACUUCGAGUAG